AUGAUGCUUAUAUUCUGCUUCAUUAUGACGUUAUCUUUAAUACUGAAUCCCCGGGAAAAUCGUUUCAAGUGUUCAGCCAUUAAGGUUGAUUGGGCGCUUACGCCCCCCAUUGGCUCCACCGCCCCCCGUUCCAGCCAAUCAGGACGCAGGAAAGAGGAGGGACAAGGUAUAAAGGGGCAAGUUGCACAUUCCAGAUCUAUAGUCCUUCCCGCUUCCGUUGAGUGGUCGUUUAGCACACCAAACCAGUUCAGUAUGCGCAGCAGCCACCUCCUCGUCGCCGUCCUCAGCCUCUCGUGGCUCGUGGCCGCCGAGGGCAUCAUCGUCCUCGCCGGCGCCGCAGCCGUUGGCGCGGCCGCCCUGGCCGUCGGUGGGCUGGCUGCCCUCAAGGGCGCAGCCAUCGUAGGAUACGCAGCUGGAAGGCACCACCGCCGCUACCACGGGCGCUCCUACGGCCACUACAGGCAGCCAUAUUACAAGUACCACCGCCACGGUCGCUCCGUCGACCCUGCUGCUGACGAAGGUGAGGACCUCCUCCUGGCCACCGUCGGGCAGCUCGACCCCAACGGCUGUAUCCUCAAGAUGCUCUGCCAGCUCCAGACCAAGGAGGAGUCGACCCUCACCCUCGAGGAGGACCUCCUGCUGGGCAUGUUCGCCAACAGCACUGAGACGCUGUCCUCCUUCAAUGCCGCCUUCGUCUACGCCACCGACAUCGGCUCGAAGACCCGCGACCCGUCCGUCUGCAAGAAGUUCUUCCCCAAGUGUCCGCUGGGAGACCAGGAGCUCGAAGGCCUCCUGCAGAUGGCCUGGGGGUGCGGCGCCGCCUUCCUGGAGCAGCCUGAGGAAGUCCAGACGGACGCCGUCUGAGGACACCGCGGAGAACACCUUGGGGAGAGAUUAUUUUUUCUAGUAUUUUUUAACAUAGUUUUCUUUUCAUCUAAUUUUGUAUGAAUUUUUGACAUAAAAUAA